AUGACUGACACCAUCCUAUCCCAAUGGUUAAACCCUCAAUUUCUCCGUACAUUACUCCUGGAUCCAGAUAAAAACAAGUCGACUUGUAUUAAAAUUGCGAGAUUUGUAGCCGCAUAUUAUUUGGAUUACCUGUUAUUCUUGCCUAAAGAAGAGGAAGGACUUCUACCAUCACUGUAUCUAUGGGGAAAUAUUCAGAAAGACGAUCUGAAACCAACCGACACAAUAUUGGAUCGUACCAAAGUGAGCUCCCUUCUCCCAGUGGAAUAUUCUCCCGCCCUGCCUGCUCUACUGAUGGUUAAAUGUGACAGUUUGAUAGAAGCAAUCAGUUAUGUAGAUCAUUUUGAUGAUAGGAGGACUAGUCUCAUAUUGAGAUUACUUGCGGAUUCGUUGCAUAACAAAGAUCUGACCAUCGACUUCAUCAAAACCAUGAUUGUCGAAAACCUCCCUCUCCAAAUGGAGGAAUCCCUGAAAUCGCCGAAAUCUGUAUCGAAAUUCUCUCAAAAUUUCACCGAGUCGAUACUCCAACUGGAUGUUGCAUUGCAAGAUGACUUGGUUCUUUUCAUGGAACAACAUCUCAUCUCAUCCGCUGAAUUUCUUUUUUCCGAGUUGCCUUGGGAAUCAGAAGAAUUGCUUCCGAAUCCAAUUUACGAGGAUCCGGGGGACACUUCGGAUUCAGAAGAGGCUAAAGCUUUCUCUGAGAUUCAUGGAUAUGUACAGUUGUUAUUGGAGAGUUUUGCGAGGACGAAUCGAUUGGUAGAUCAGAUGAAUUUUACAGUCAAGCUGGUUACAAAUGACACUAAACUUCCAUCCGACAUCUCCCACAACUAUUUCCUACAUCGAGUUCUUCUUCUCAUGCUCCGUAUCACUUAUCGUCAUUUAUUCUCUGUUGCUCUACGGGAGAAUCAUCCGAAUCUGGGGAAGAUUGCAGAGAGAUACAAACAAUUAUUGAAAGAUGAAAGUGGAGAACAUAUCCUUCUGCAAGAAUGGUUUAAGACUGCAGAAGAAGAUGAUCAGGAGAGAAGUGGGGUGUUUGUCGAUUGGAUUCAGAAUAACUAUCAACAGGUAUGCGACGUCGUCAUGUCCCAGAUGCUCUUCAUAAACUCCCAAUGGACAUCCCCUGGAUUCACAUUCAUCCAACCCGGGUGUCUCGCUCUUCGUCUAUCAAUCCAUCCUCAUGAUCUCUGCCUUGGAACCACAACUGCCACUGUCAAUUUCUCUGCAUCUGCCAGAGAUAUCCUCUAUAGUCCUCAAGAAGAAUUGAGCAAGUAUCAAGAGAAAGACGAGGAGAAGAUAUUCACUCCGAGAAAUCAUCCAGCGAGUCCUGAUUUGAUAUCGAAAUAUGCGGAAAAACACGAAAAAAUGACGAGGGAAAUGGCACAGACCGCACGGUUUUUCACGCCGUUCGAGGAGCAGCUGAGAGUUUUUUCGAGGCAACAAGAUGAGUUACAGAGGGAAUUGAAUAAAGAAACAGAGUUUUUGAAACGAGCUGGACACUAUUAUUAUCCGGAUCCAUUGGAAGAUGUGGAGGUGUUGAAAGCAGGAAAGGAGUCUGUGGAUCCUCCUACCAAACAACUAGUCGAUGAAGCUCUUGCAAAACAAUUGAAUCUUCUGAACGAGAGAUUGGAUGAAGUGGUGAAAGGACUCGCUGAUAGACAGAAGUCAAUGUACAUUCGAGAAGAAGAUGAGGAAUCUGAAAUAUCAGAUAUUCCAUUACACUAUGAAGAUGCACCAGUUCAUGAUGACGCACCGGUUAUUGAGAAAUUGGAUUUCGGAAUGCUAUCCAGUCGGACACCCGCACCUAUUGGGGAUUUGAGUUUUAAGGAAUCGGAAUCGGAGAGGGAAAAGUACCCGACCUUCAUGGAGUCUGGCCAAAAAACACCGACUCUCUCCGACAACUCUCUAAAACUGUCGACUGCAAAAUCAUUCACCAACCCAUUAUUUCCUGAAAAACACCCAAAAAUCCCGAUCGAAUGGAUGAGAUUGUUACCGUUGGAAGGUGGAAGUGCACGAUUUGCUGACAAUUUUCUGACUUUCACCAAGCCGAAAUCGGAAAAUAUGACUCCGAGACAAGAGGAUUUCUAUAAAUAUCCGGAUAGACAGAUUGUGAGUGAACGAGGAAUUGGAACACAGACAUCAGAGAGAAUGAGAAAUGGAGAGACGCAGAUGAUGACACGUGGAAGUUAUAGAAAUGAACAGGAAGUGAUGGCAGAGAACACAAAGAAAGUAGUCAACACGAAAUCAGUGAAGAAAUUGAAUGAGGACGAUAUGAAAAUAGUCAUGGAUAGGGUUACUAAAUAUUGA